ACAAGACCUAUCUAUCCAAAUUCCAAAGUUUAUACUUUUUUCACACCCCACAUGCUUGCUUCUCUCUCCAACCCCAAAUUAACAGAGCAAUUGAGAACUAUAAGACCAAACCUUAACUUCUUGCAACUCUGUUCUUCCCUGGUUUGGUUUUAGUUACCACCUCCAUCUCUCUCCCAUUCUCUUGUGUAGAGUUCUUCUUCAACUCCAAGAAUGGUAAAACGGAGUUGAGCAAAGCAAAGAAAGAAUGGUAAGAGAGCAUAACAGUGGAUGGCCUCCAAUAGGGGCCCCACUGAACGUGCAGAGAAACGAAUAUGAUGAGCGUUGGAGCAGCUUCGACAACUCUGUCAACGCUGUUUCUUUUGGCUUUGUUGCCACUGCCAUUCUCAUCUCCAUGUUCUUAGUCAUGGCUAUCUUCGAGAAGUUCCUCAAACCACACUCCCCGCCCUCCACCGUCUGGACCCGCCCUCGUCACUCUCAGCUCCCCUUCAACGCCAAGCUUUCCCACCCCUCACCCAAAAUGAGUUUGUAUGCUAGCUGGGUUUCAGUUUUAAUGCCUGGAGAUGAAGUUCCUUCUUUCAUUGCCCACCCUGCCCCCGCACCAUGUUGCCCUGAAAGGAUAUCAUGGCCUUCCCAUCAACAUAGCACAUUCCCUUGUUCCACUUACAACACCCUUCCUAAUAUCAACCAAGCAUAAGAGAAUUCAACAUGACAAGGUUCUGUAAUGUGCAUAUAGCAUCAAGGAGUUGAUGAAUUUUAUGUGAAGAAUGUUGUGUAGAAGCACUCUUUAUAGUUUAUAAGAUACCAUGUAUAUAGGAUUUAAUUUAGUGCAAAUAGGAUUUGGUAAUGAAGCUUUGAGGUUUUGAAUGCAUGGAAUGGUUGUGCAUGUAAUUAGCAAUAAUUAUGUUGCCGAUAUUUUCAGAUUUAUGGUAGUAAUGGAUUUUAAUUAGAAG